CAUAGAUUUCGUCUCAAAAUUCAAUGGGUUCUUGAUAAAUAUUUCAAUUCUCUUCUCUAUCCUUUUUUUUUGGUGUACUUUUUAAUGUCAUAGUUGUUUACUUUUAAUAAGAAUUCUGUCUCUAUCAGACCCAUUUCUUUAUUCAAACUCAAUUUAUUUCGUGGAAUCUUUUACUCAACCUUGUAACGCACUUUGGUAUAAUCUUGCACGCUAACACGCUUUGGUGUUCUCAUCUUUUCUGUUUCAGACUCUUGGGCCAUCACUGAGCUUCUUGUAGAUUGUUGUUUGGAGCUGAAUUGUUGGUUGAUGGCGGAAUUUAUAGGGCCUCGAUUGUACAGCUGUGGUAAUUGUGGGAACCAUAUUUCGCUUCACGAUGAUAUAAUUUCCAAGGCUUUCCAGGGAAGACAUGGCCGAGCUUUUUUGUUCUCCCAUGCAAUGAACAUCGUGGCAGGGCCAAAAGAAGACAGACAUCUCAUUACUGGCCUUCACACUGUUGCUGAUGUCCGUUGUUCUGAUUGCCAUGUGGUGUUGGGGUGGAAGUAUGAACGAGCUUACGAGGCAUCCCAGAAGUACAAGGAGGGGAAGUUCAUACUAGAGAAGUCAAAGAUCGUUAAGGAGAACUGGUAGCAAUACAUUAGCAAUUGUACAGGAAGUUCAUCUUGUAAUUGUUUCUCAUUGUUCAUUCUUGCAAUGUGCUCAUCUCUGAAAGGAAGUAGUAAUUCGAAUAUUCAAUUUCCGUGUUAAUAAAAUUGUGGAAUUACUCAGAA